AAAUUAAGAACUUAACCCUAAUCUCAUUUGUCAAAAAUCGGUGUUUGUGAUUUGUAUUUUCAUUACUAUUUAUAACAACAAUAACGUUGCUAUGUCUAAAAGACUACUUGCUGCUCUUGAAUAUCCCAACGCGGAUAAUAUAAACUUGGCAGAAGAAAAGACUCUUCGUAAUGUAGUGGUUUGGUUGGAACUGAAUAAAUUCCAACGUGCCAAACAAAGCACGUUAAACGGUUUGAAAAACGUGAGUUCGAAAGAUUGGACGAUUCAUUUUGACGAUUACAAGGAAUGCUUUGGUUGUCCACCGUUAAGUUCUCAAGUCGAAGAGGUACAUUGGUUGCUGGGGCAGGCUAUUCAGAACGAAACUAGUAAAAACAGAAAUGUUUAUUUGAAACAUGCCGUUGAAAACAUAAAAACCUCCAAUGUCCCUAGUGUUGUGGCUGAAAAUCCAUUAGAUAAACUUGAUUUUAGAUCUACUGAGUUUGGUAAUAGAGUGAAUCAGUUAGCUAAAACUCUCAAAAUAGUACCAUAUCCUGAUCCACUAGUAACACUACAAGCAGUAAGAAAAGUCAUAUGUACUCGACUAACACCAGACUGUGUUGAACAUCCUGAUAAGUACAUAGUGACUGGCACUCCAUACCCUUUUCAAGAUGCCGAUCUGGGAUUCGACCUGCACGAUAAAGUUUUGAAUCAGGCAGCGAAGGUUUUAAGAAUGCUAUACAUUCACGACCUGAGGGACUUGCAAACCAAGGCAAAUGAACUUAUUGUUGCUGUACAAAAUGUGACUGCUAAUCCUAAAACUGAUACCAAGUUGGGUCAGGUGGGAAGAUAAGGAUCUUUGUGAUAAAACAUACUUUUGAUCUUCUUAUUUAAUUUUUUAUUAAUUGUGAGUAUAAACUGAUACUUGUAUUGCUAAAUAUGCAAAAUAAAUUAUACGUCUUGACUGUGUUGU